AUGAUUCCCCUCCGUUCCUCACUGUUGGGGCCCGGGGCAGCUUCUCGAGAUCCUGCGCGCCUGCUGUGUUCGCAAUGUCUACACCGUGCUGCGCGCCCGCAGCGCCCCUCCGUCCGGACGUUCGUCUUCUCGUCCCGCUUGCGAUCCGGUGUCGCUCAUGACAAUUCUCCGUCGUCUACGCUGCAAAAGACUUACUUUUCUGGGAACCGGACAGUGGACGAUGCGACAUUUAUCAGUAAUGGGAACCUCUUGGGCUCGUUAUCGACAGCCAAUUCCCCUGCCUCUCCCGCCAACACUCGUGCGGCAUCCUCGUCAUCCAGCGAUGCCAUACAAUCAAAUCCAGAGGAACUGCCUCAUAGACGGAGGAAACGAUUAAAAGAAGAAGCGACUGGGGACAAUGCCGCAGAACAUGUCAUUCCGCCAGAUGCAUCCGCGCAACUCUCGUCCUUUUCCUCCGCUCUCCCCACCACUUCUCUCCGACGCAAAAUGGCCGCCUUCCUCGCCCUUACCAAACCCCGUCUCUCGGUUCUCAUCGUCCUCACCACAACCUCUGCGUACGGCAUGUAUCCUAUCUCGACGCUCCUCACACUCGACCCGUCCAUCGCCCCGCUUCCGACCCUUUCCACCUCGACAUUGACCUUCCUUUACUUGACCACGGGCACAUUCCUCUCUUCCUGCAGUGCCAACACGUUGAACAUGAUGUUCGAACCGAAAUACGAUGCGCAAAUGUCCCGGACGAAGAACCGGCCAUUGGUUCGAGGCCUCCUCUCCCGCCGUGCAGCCCUUCUCUUUGCGAUCGCCACGGCCGCCUCGGGGCUUGGUUUGCUGUACAUUGGAACCAACCCGACUGUGACGGCGCUUUCGGCCUUCAACAUCUUCCUGUAUGCUUUUGUCUAUACUCCGUUGAAACGGAUACAUGUGAUCAAUACCUGGGUGGGAGCCAUUGUGGGAGGAAUUCCUCCGCUAAUGGGCUGGGUUGCUGCGGCUGGCCAGACGGCAACUGUGGGCCACGACACAUGGCGCGACAUGCUCCUCAGCGAAGAUAGCAUUGGCGGAUGGCUAUUAGGGGGCAUUCUGUUUGCCUGGCAAUUCCCACACUUCAAUGCGCUUUCCCACACAAUUCGCGAAGAGUACAGGGCGGCUGGGUAUAAAAUGCUCGCCUGGACCAACCCAGCUCGGAACGCGCGCGUCGCCCUUCGCUACUCCGUUCUUAUGUUCCCUAUCUCCAUUGGGCUCUGGUGGGUUGGUGUGGUUGGCCAUGGCUUCCUGGUUGGCAGCACGGUGGCCAAUGGCUGGCUAGUGAAAGAGGGAUAUAAAUUCUGGAAGGAUCAGGGUGCCAAUGGGACAGCCCGCGGCUUGUUCUGGGCUAGUAUCUGGCAACUUCCUAUCCUUCUGGUCGGAGGUCUGGUGACGAAGAAGGGUCUUUGGGACGGUGUCUGGAACGAGAUCUUUGGCCAGCCUGUUGAUGAUGAAGAUGAUUACCUCUACUACGAGGUUGAAGAGGAUGAACUUGAGACGAGUAACGCAGUCUCUCCGGGGUCGAGUUCUUCGUCAAGAUAG